AACAGCAACGAUUAAAUAAAUUGAUAAAUAUUUUAUUUUAUGAAAUUGAGCAGCUCGUUGUAAUUUUUAAUUUGCGUCGCGCCGUCGGUGACGAAACUUGUUGAGCGCGCUUAAUAAAAAAAAAAAUAAGAAAUAGUCUGAAGCUCGAGCUUGAGCUUGAGCGUUCGACUUGUUGUUGUCGUCGCGCGAUCUGUCGGCCGCUUGGCUGUCUGGCUGUCUGUCUGGCGGACACGCCCACAGAAACUUUUUGCGCCGCCACGUUGCCCAUAAAAGACUUCAAAACGGUUGCCUCACGGUUCGAGUGGAAUGAGCAUAGGGACUCAGGUCUUCCUUUCGAUCGAUCGGUCUACAAAGUCGUUAAACUGAGCCCCAACUUGGAGCCCUACCCCGCCAGCGUGGAGGGCCUCAACAGCCCCAGAGCGGUGGGGAUGGCCGCUACCUCCUACAUGACGCCGCCCAGCGGUGAUCUCGACAUGGCCCUCGGCGGCGGCGGCGGCGGUGGCUACCACACCAGCUCGCCACGCAGUGCCGCCGAUGCCGGCGAGAUGAAGUACAUGCAGCAUCAUCAUCAUCACCAUGCUGCCGUCGCCGCAGCGGCCGCUUCGGCCUCACAUCAUCAACAGCAGCUGCCCUCGUCGCCCUCGCCCAACGGGCAAGUGCAGGGCGGGCAGGGCAACAGUUUGGGCGGCCUGACGCCCGGCUCGGGACUGGGCAGCUGGAGCGCGCUGCAUCCGGAUCCCUGGUCACUGCAGUCCCAUCACACAACGCACCAUCAUCCCGCCACAGCGGGCGCCGUGGGCGUCGAUUCCGUCAAACAGGAGAUGUCCCAUCUCUCGCAACAGACGCGCAUCCAGCAGGGCAUGGCCUCGCCCCACACCGCCGCGCCCUGGCACGCCCCACACGCCGGCCACUAUGCGCCCACUGGCGGCUCGCCGCUGCAGUAUCAUCAUGCCAUGAACGGCAUGCUGCAUCAUCAUCCGGCACAUCAUGCGGCGCAGGUGGCGCCACUGCAUCAUGCGCUGCGCGGCGAGUCGCCGCAGCUGCACAUACACGCCCAUCACAUGGGCGGCGGUGGGGGAGAUCGCGAUGCCAUCAGCGGCGGCGAGGAGGACACACCCACGUCCGACGAUCUGGAGGCGUUCGCCAAGCAGUUCAAGCAGCGCCGCAUCAAGCUCGGCUUCACCCAGGCGGACGUCGGCCUGGCGCUGGGCACGCUCUACGGCAACGUCUUCUCGCAGACCACGAUCUGCCGCUUCGAGGCUCUACAGUUAAGUUUCAAGAACAUGUGCAAGCUGAAGCCGCUGCUCCAAAAGUGGCUCGAGGAGGCGGACAGCACCACAGGCUCCCCGACCAGCAUCGACAAGAUCGCGGCGCAGGGCCGCAAGCGCAAGAAACGCACCAGCAUCGAGGUGAGCGUGAAGGGCGCUCUGGAGCAGCAUUUCCACAAGCAGCCAAAGCCCUCGGCGCAGGAGAUCACCUCGCUGGCGGACUCGCUGCAGCUGGAGAAGGAAGUGGUGCGCGUCUGGUUCUGCAAUCGCCGGCAAAAGGAGAAGCGCAUGACGCCCCCAAAUACGCUCGGCGGCGACAUGAUGGACGGCAUGCCACCGGGCCAUAUGCACCACGGUGGCUAUCACUCCCAUCACGACAUGCACGGCAGCCCCAUGGGCAACCACUCGCACUCGCACAGUCCGCCCAUGCUGAGCCCCCAGAACAUGCAGUCGGCGCAUCAGUUGGCGGCUCACUAGCAAUCAGAAAUCCAGGAGUCGAACUCAGCUGCAGCUGCGUCCACUCCUGCAAACAGUCUGCACCAGCAGCAGCAGCAACAACAGCAACAGCAACAACACCAGCAACAGCAGCAACAGCUACAGCAGCAGCAGCAGCAGCAACAACAACAGCAGCAGCAGCAGCAGCUCACGCCCAAUACGCCCUCGUCCAGUGCGGGCUCAUCGGUGACUCUGGCCAGCCAGGGACAGGUCAUGUCGCCGCAGAGUCCGCUGGGCAGCUCCUCCGCUGCUGGUCAGACCAACAAUAAUAAUAACAACAACAACAAUAAUAGCACCAACAACAACAACAACAAUAAUAACAAUAACAAUAAUAAUAACAAUGAGGAGCAAGUGAAGCAACAGCAACAGGCAUCCAGCAUAGCGGCCGCUGCAGCCGCCGCCAUGUACAUGGAUCCCAUGCGCUAUCAACACGCGCAUGCCCACGCCCAUCAUCCGCACCAGCAUCCGCAUCUGAAUCCCGCGCAUCAUCCGCAUCUAUUCCACACCAGCGAUCAGCUGCAGCAUCCACACGCCCAGCAUCUGCAGCAGGCCAGCGGCAGCAGCAGCUCCCAGCUGUCGCCGGGGGCCAGCAGCAACAGCGGCCUGCCGCUGCAGCCUCCGAGCGCCUCCUCGCCUGGCUCCGCAUCCAGCGUGCUGGGCGGUCAUCUCAAUCUGAAUGCGCACUCGGCGGUGGCGCUGCAUCAGCAUCAUCACUACCAGCACCAUCAUCACCAGCAGCACCAUCAUCAUCAGCAGCAGCAGCAGCAGCUGCAUGCGCGUCGCCUCUUCGAGCUGAGUCUGCAGUUUGGUGCGGCGGCCGCGCCGGGUGCAGUGCGUCACUUCAACAGCUUUGGAGGCGGCGGUGCGGGCGGUGAAUAGCAUUCGUCGGCCGCCUGGUUUGGCUAUGAGUCCUCCUAGGACUCCAUGCCGAGCUGGUGGCCGCCGCUAUGCAAACGCAAGCACUAGAGCUUGCUCCCCCUACCCCCCAACAUCCCCCACACCUUUUACCAGUGCAUUAAUCUGUGUUAAAUUACUUCGACUAGGCGUAUACUUAGUUAAGGCAGUGUUUGAAUACUUUUUUUUCUAACCACACUCUCUCUAACUAUCUAUUUCUCUAACUGUCUCUCUCUCUCUCUGUCUGUUUUAUUUUAUUCACAUUUAUUUUGAAAGUUUUUAAAAAACUAAAGAGCGUAAGAAAAUUCCUUGUAAAAAAUGAACUAUAAAAAAUUAUUUAACAUGAAAAUGCAAUUCAAAUCAAACGUGAAACCAAGUGAUGUUGUUUUUAAAUCUAAAUUAAAUCGAUAACUGCAACGAUACGAUAACGAUAGCGGUAACUAGCUAAAGUGUGCGACAAGUGUUAAGAAAUGUUUGUAAAUUACAAAAAAAAAAAAAA